GUUUAGUAAACUGAGUGAGAAUGGACCGAGAAUGGAUUUGCCGAUUAUGUUUGCGAAACCUAGAUGAAGAUGAUGAUACAUCCAUUUACGAUAAACCGUUUCGGGCUAUGCUGGAUAGCGUUUUCGAUUUCGCUUUUACAGGAUUAGAGGAGUGUGCAGGGGUAUGCAGGCGUGCAGGCGCCGGGUGCUACUGGAAAGUACAAGAGUUUUACAACUUCCGCAAGGAAGUGCAGUCCAAUCAGGAGCGAUUGAAGGGAGAUUACCUCGCCGUGAGGACUGCACAACUCUCCGAUAGUGCGUCCGAAGAAUACUCAGACUAUGACGACUCGGUCUUAGUUUGUGAGCUAGGUGAUCCGCUUUCAAGCGAAGCAUGGCCACCUAGUUUCACCAAGGAUACUGAAAACGAGCUGCUCGUUGAGCCCGAGGUGUGCUCUAGCCGUGAAGACAAGGAGCCAGAUAAGGAGCCGAUCUCCGAUAGUGCGCUCAAAGAACCGCCAGAGCAUGACUUCACGGUCACCGUUUGUAAGGAAGCGGCGUUCGCCGUUGAACCGGACGAAACGCUACGUUAUCCGCUUUCAAACGAAGCUAGCAAGGAUACUGAAAACGAGCUGCCCGUUGAACCCGAGGUGUGCUCUAGCCGUGAAGACAAGGAGCCAGAUGUACGCACUAGUGGAGAACAAUCGGAGAAACUGCAUGAGAGCGAUCGAACCAUAAGGAAGUUCUUUAAACUAUGCUGCGAACUGUGUCCCGAGGACAGCGUGCAGGACUUUGGCAGUUUCUCACAGCUAACGACGCACUACCGUAAGACCCAUGGCACACGUGGAUACCUGCGAUGCUGUGGCAAGAAGUUUCUCCGACGUUUCCGAGUGAUGGAACACAUCGCGCACCAUCAGGGUGCAAUCCGUUGCGAUGUUUGUGAUAAAUCCUUCAGCAGCCGAUCAUACAUGGUCGUGCACAAGCAAACUAAGCACGGAUCAGGAGCCAAAUCGCCGCCGACAAAUCGUGCCCAUCGGUGUGAGCACUGUGCGGAAGCGUUCUGCUCGCGAGCGCAACUUAGAGUUCACAUGUUCAAGCAUCAAACGAAAGCGUGUCCCGUUUGCAAGAAAACCUUCAGCGCAAGCUACAUCAAAAAGCACAUUACGGAAAUGCACGGAGAGCGGCAGAUGCUGAUCUGUGAUGUAUGUGGGAAGAAAAUGCGCACAAAACUGGCCAUGAAGAGGCACAUUAUGCUGCACGCGGGCAUCGAUACGUUGGAGAAGGUGCAGUGCAGCUACUGCGCAAAGUUUGUCCAAGGGAAGCACAAUCUGAAACAACACAUCCGCCAUAUGCACCUGGAAGAGGGGCAAGUGUUCCGGUGCGAUGUCUGUCAGCACGAAAGCCCCAACAGCAAGGCGCUCCAGUACCAUAAGCGGCGGGUACACGUGGGAAAAAACUUUGCCUGCGAGCAGUGUGGCAAGUGUUUCAAGCAGAAAAUUUAUCUAACCGAGCACCUAGCUUCGCACUCGGCUCGCCGGUUGUACGCGUGCGAUAUUUGCGAAGCGACAUUCAAUUCGAAAGCCAAUUACUACAAACAUCGCAAAUCACGACACGCGUCCGCAAUGGCAAUGAAGGAGCAGCAGUAAACCGAACUAAAUACACCGAAAAGUACAACUUUCCUCCAUAUUCA